AUGAUCGAGCCGUCCUCUGUUGGAACUCCCUGCACAAGACGCAAGUACAUAGCUCUGCGUGGCUUCUUCUCUCAUGACGAUGACCCCGAAAGUUGGGACUUCAGAGCGACGACGCGUGUCAAUUUGGGACUCCUCGACAGGUCAUAUCCAACCGAUGGGGAAGCCGACCUGAACUCGAAGGACGAGAACAAACACUACAAACUGCUGUACUUGAUUCGCCAUGGUGAAGGAUUUCACAACGUCAAAGAGAAGGAGGUCGGCCGCGCUGAGUGGGAUCGUCAUUGGGCGAAGGUACCUGGUGACGGCAAUGUCAUCUGGGAGGAUGCAGAACUGACAGCCAAUGGAGAACAGCAGGCACGCAAUAUUGCGGAAGCUCGCUCAUCCAUAGGCAACGGAACCAUCACGACCAUCCUAUCCAGUCCGUUACGCUGCUGCCUUAGCACGGUGCAGCUUGCUUUCCCACCUGAGGCAAGAGACAAGAAACCGGUGAUCAAAGAGAAGCUGCGCGAACAGCUCGGCGUCCACACAUGCGACCGCAGAAGCAGCAGAUCCUGGAUAGCCGAGCACUACCCUUCCUUCGACAUUGAAGACGGAUUUGACGAAGAGGAUACUCUGUGGACCCCAAGCCGACGGGAGACCCUCAAGGAGCAUGCGAUCAGGAGCAUAGAGUUACUCGAUGACAUCUUCGAGAGCGCUUAUGGCGACUAUAUUGUUUUGGCCGCGCAUUCGGGUACGAUCAUGUCCCUGUUUGCGGCGACAGGAUGGAAGAAGGUGCCAGUAGCGGCGGGAGCGGUGUAUCCUCUUUUGGUAUGCGGCGAGAAGCUCUGAGCUUGAGCCAGAUACGGGAAAGAAAGGCUUACACAGACUGUUCAUGGAGGAGUCGGCACUAGAACCGACACAGCAACAGCAUCACCUAUAACAAUCCUACUGACAUUAUGAUAGUAUCGAUUGCUUGUCUUAUCAUCAAAUGAGCAACAACAAGCCCGGCUGGCACAAUCGGUAGCGCGUGAGACUCUUAAUCUCAAGGUUGAGGG